AUGUCUAUGUAUAAUGAUUUCAAUUUUCGUCCGAAUUCUGGACGUGGUUGGUCUGACUUAUCUUCACGUCGAAGUCAUAAACCUGGAAGACCAUAUUCUCGAAAUCAAAAUACUACUCAUGCAGGCCGACAGCAAACCCCUACUGAACCUACUGCAACCAGUCAUCCCGGUGUGUCGCAAUCAAAGGCAAAUGAUGAUGAAAUAACCGCUUAUGCUGUUAAUCUUCAGUUAAAACCAGUAGAAAUGGGAUUUGAGGCAGGAAAUAAGAGAUGGCAGUACAGAUUCAACGGUUUAGGUGCAUUUAAUCGUUAUUUUGGUUUAUUAUCACCAACGAAUAGCUUGGGUUACACACUUCCUGACAUUUGGGAUGGUUAUUUUCACAUAACACUUGCAAAAUUCUGCACUGCUUAUUCACCUGAUCAACUCGAAAACAAGUUUAAAGCGUUUCGUCCUUCUAUCGAAGAUCUACCUCAUAUUCCCGAUAUUGUAUUUCAAUCUUCAAAUAUUGUUAGAUUUUCAGGUGAAAACCGAUCAAAAGGACGAGCUGGUAUCGACUUCAUAGUGCUACCUAUCAAUCGUCAUGAUCAAACAGAUUCAUUUUAUCAGCAAGUUCAACCAUUAUUACAUCAAAUUAAAGAAAGAUCAAACGCAGAAAAAGAUUGGAAUUUAACACAGUUGGACCAACUUCAUGUAACCAUACGCAAAUAUUCCAAUGUCAAUUUUGAUAUAUGUAAUAUUCCGAUUGAUCAAUAUCCAAUUGAAUUUCGGUGUUCUCAUUUUGAAAUCAAACAAACACGAGAACAAGCAAGGAAUCGAUAUAAAUACGCAAUCAACAAUGGAUAUAGUCGGUACCAAUGGUGGUCAGGUGUUACAGAAAUUGACGGAAAAUGUUCGGGUUGUGAUACACCUGUUCUAGCUGGUCAAUGGGAAGGCUUUUGUAUAGCAUGUGGACAAUAUGAGUCAAUUCUUCCUCUUUGGUCAACAACCGGCAAUGACAAUUGGAAUCUUUAA